CAGUCAGCCGUGCUCCUCCUGCUCCAUCACUGCCAUUCCUCCUCCAGUCACUAGGGAGAGACUGUGGACUGGGGAAGCUGCUGCUGUCAGUCAGAGGGUCCCACAGCAGGCUGAGAGGAGUCUGCACCGCCAUCCGCACACCGGCCUGCGGGACGCUCUCUCCGAGUCCGCCCGGGAUGGAGAAAGACGAAGCGGACCCAUCCCGCCAGAGGAACGGGGCGGUGGGCGUGCUGUACGGGGAGUUCACGGACCCGCUCGACGACAGGGUCCGGUACUCGGUGAGCCUCACGGAGAGCGUCCUCACCGUGCAGAGGAUCUGCUCCUCACCCGGCCGGAGCAAGGUGCUGUUUAACUUGACAGACUGUGUGGGCUGCCGGGCGUACAGAGGGCCGGACAGCGCGGACGUCGGCGCCUACUUUGCAGCCUAUUUCUACCCGUUCAAGAGGCGCUGGAUGAGCGCCGGAGUGGCCCGGCAGAGAGUGGAGCAGGGCUUUCGGGUGGCGCUGGUCCAGGACCCGCUCGUUAACCUCCAGGAGGCGGAGAGGUGGGCUCGGGCCAUCAGAGAUGCCUCCGUGCUGCAGGCUCCCCGGAGAGAAGGUGCGGUGUAUGCGGAGGUGCGUCGGCCCUGCAGAGUCAUGAUUCUGGUGAAUCCCCACAGCGGCCGGGGCCAGGCUCUGCAGCUCUUCACCGGCCACGUGCAGGGCAUGCUGACCGAGGCCGCUGUUCCCUACACGCUCGUCAUCACAGAGCACCAGAACCAUGCUCGGGAGCUGGUGAGGAAGGCCGACCUGUCGCAAUGUGACGCUCUGGUUAUCAUGUCUGGAGACGGGCUGCUGUUUGAGGUGAUAAAUGGCCUGAUGGAGCGGGAGGACUGGCAGGAGGCUAUCCAGACCCCUCUGGGUAUUCUGCCAGGUGGCUCCGGCAACGCCCUGGCUGCCUCUGUCCACCACUACUCACAGUCGCCUCCAGCUUGGAACGAGGAGCUUCUGCUGAGCUGUGGCUUCAUGCUGUGCAAAGGUCUUGUUGGCUCCAUGGACCUGGUGUCGAUCCACCUGGCCUCUAGACAGCGCCUCUUCUCCUUCCUGUCCCUGGCCUGGGGUUUCGUGGCCGACGUCGACAUCGAGAGCGAGAAGUACCGCCACGUCGGAGCCAUUCGCUUCCUGAUGGGCACCCUGGUGCGUCUGGCCUCCCUCAGAGUCUACCAGGGCAGGUUGGCGUAUCUUCCAGUUAAAGAGGCGCCAAAACUUCCAAAAGGGAGCAUCAAGUCUAACCAGCCUCCCUCCACCCCUCAGCAUCAGUCGCUCUGCUCCUCCCUUCCCUGCCGACUCAUCCCCAACACCUCUCCGAACCGAAACUCUCGACACAAUCACAACAGCACAAAUUCCAACCACAACACCCUCACCAACUCCUCCAACAACGCUAUCACCACCAAGAGACCGGAGACUCAGAGCGACGGAAAGACCAGAGCACCGGAGGACUCUCUUCUCCCCGGGCUCGAUCAGCCGAUACCAGACAGCUGGACGGUCGUCAAGGAGGAGGACUUUGUCUUGGUGCUGGCUAUUUACCAGUCCCACCUGGCCGAGGAUCUGUGGACAGCGCCGGGGGCGAUGGCGGACGACGGGGUGAUUCAUCUGUUCUAUGUGACAGCAGGAAUCUCCCGUCCAGCCCUCUUGCGGCUGUUCCUCGCCAUGGAGAAGGGCGGCCACUUGGCGUGCGGCUGCCCCCACCUGGUGUAUGAGAAGGUGAAGGCCCUGCGGCUGGAGCCCGUCUCGCCACAAGGCAUGAUCACUGUGGACGGGGAGAUGGUGGAGUACGGGCCAGUUCAGGCUCAAAUCCACCCAGGACUGGCCAAAUUCAUUUGUGGAUGAACUGGGAUUAUCUUGAUCUUUUUCUGCCUGUAGAGCUUUUUAGUUUGGCCUUUUAUACUCAGUGUCAAUUCCUCUCUGUAUGCUGUGUUUUCAGAAGUGCCAAAGACAUUUGAUCAGCCUCUGGAAAUUCCUCUAUUUUUCUACAGAAGUAACUCGUCCUAUUUUUAUGAACCCCCUCCCGUCCCCUCUUUCUGGCAAUGUUUGAUUCAGGGUCAAAGCCAUGUAUGGUUGUUCUGGCUGCUGGCUGGUCCCAGCUUAGACAAACGGUUAGAGAUUGUGUGAGUGUUCAUCACCAAUGGAGAUCUUUAUGUAUGUUUGUGUGCACUCAUGUGUGUGUAUGUGUGAGAUUGUGCAUGAGGAGCUUUGGCACAUAGCGGCGCAGGGGCAGAGGAGUGCAUUGUGCACUCUGCUGUCGGUCCUCAUAAGCACAUUUCCCCGUCCUGGGAGGCUCGCGGAGUAGCCACGCCCCCUGUUCCACUGUGCUACCCCAGGCCGACAAUCUCCCUCCUGGGCAAACCGCUCUGAAUCUGAAAUCCCCCAGGGAUUUGAUGUUGAACAAUCUUUAAUCUUUGCAUAGCUUAUAUUACUCAAACAAUCUCAAAACCAGUCACACACACACAAUAUAAGAAGGUGGAGCAGAAAAAAACAUGGCCAGCUGUGGUUACACCUCCACUCCCUGUCCUGUGCGCUCCUGCUUCAUCUGCAACCAUCAUCAAACUGCCUCCACUCACACAUAAACACACACUUUCUUUCCCCCAUCCCCCCUCCUCCUACUGUAUGUACAGCUCCUCACAUACACACACUCAUACACACACAUUCCCUUGCAUCUCUGCAGCACUUAGCGAGGGGGAGGGGCAUGGUCUGCUACUGUGCAUAUGAUCCCCUCUCCUCUUGCCGUCUUAAGAUUGUACGCUCCCUCCCUCCUUUGGUUAAUGAGCCAUCAGCACCUAAUGUGCCCUUAAUACCGAGCUUUACAUCUGCAGAAGCGUGCAAAAUAAGAGUUUCUAAUCACACGAAAGCUUUAAAGUGAGUUUUAGCGUUUCACACUUACUGGACCGGUUGAGUAAAGUAGAGAGAGCAGGGUUUCACACCGGGUCUCUCAGCGAUGCAUAUUGAGAGACAUCAGAUCAAUGUGAGCUGGACGGAGUCAAGUGCUCUGCUCCACUGUGUGGCCUUUUUCUCUGGUUUGCUGGUGAUGCGGUGGUGAGCAUUAUCAUCAGUUUCUCCCAAUACCCUCACACACUAGUUUAUUUCAGGUCACUACAUCCCCACCCACAGGUAUGGUGCAGCUAUCAUCACUUUCAGAGAGGGAGCUGUCAUUCCUGACCUUAAAAACAAAUCCUGUUCUUCUGUUAAAGGGGACCUAUCAUGCAAAAUGCACUUUUGUACGUCUUUUAUACAUGAAUAUGUGUCCCCGGUGUU